CGAGAGAGAAGUACGGUGUCCGCACCCUACCCCGGGACUGCCCUUGGGAGCUGGCCGGGCCGGGCCGGGCCGGACAGGGAGGCCACUCUAAUCCCAGCAAGAAGGAGGAGGAGCAGGAGUCGCUUCGGGAUUGGGAAUUCGGAUGGCGCAGAGAUGGGAAUCUCUUCCCUCGGGGGUUCGCGAUCCGCCCACCAGGGGGCGCUGCUCCUGGACCGUUCUUCUGCUCAGAGCCUCCCUGCUUUGCUUCUGGAUCCAGAGUGCCCCGGCCCACUUAACCAUCGUUCCCUGGCCACAACCCGUGGCCCAGGGUCAGGACGUGACACUGACAGUCCAGAGAGUCCUUUAUCGUCCCUUCUCCUGGCACCGUGGGACAGACACAUCACACCAAUCCAUGAUAUUCAGACAUUCCAGAGCCCAAAAUCUAAAAAUGGGCCCAGCUUACUCGGGUCGGGAAACGCUGAAGCCGGAUGGCUCCCUCAGGAUCAAAAACGUGACGCUGAGUGACACAGGCAGCUACACCUUGUCAUUGUCGACUUUUCCUUUUGGAACACUGGCCAAGGCAGAUAUCCAAGUCUUGGCACGGGUAUCCCGACCCAACCUCAUGGCCUCCAGCACCAACACCGUGGAGCUCCAGGACUCGGUGAUCUUUUGGUGCCUCCCUGGAGACCCAAGAGAAAGCGUGGUUUGGUUUGUGGACAACAAGGCCCUGAGGACCAGCGCCAGGCUGGAGUUGUCCCCCAGAAACAGAACUCUCACCCUGUACAACAUCACCCGUGGGGACAUCGGCACCUACCAGUGUGAAGCCCGGAAUCCGGUCAGCGCCCAGAGGAGUUACCCCCUGACCCUGACUGUCAACUAUCUCUCUCCGACCCACACUCCAUUCGGAGCGGCCAAAAACAGGAGUCGCAGCUUCGCCCUGGCCGGUGGAGCGCUGACCGCGGUGCUGGGAUAUUUCCUCGUCACCAGGAAAGGCCGAAGGCGGUCAGGGAAGCCCGUGGGAGAGCCUGGCCUGGGAGGAGGCAGCCCCCCAGCGCCCAAUCCCAAGAAGAUCGACGUUAACUAUCUAAACGUUCUGGAACCCAGUAGAUCUGCCCCAUGGACACAGAUCGCCCUGGAGAUACCCCCGGAGCCUGACCCCAACUAUCAGACCCUGAUCUCCAGAGACAUGUACGUCUACGACCAGAUCCGUCCACCUGCCUAAUAGAAGAGGCUCUGCCUGGUUCACAUUGGCCCAGGGUCUGCCCCCAGGGCCCCUAUAAGGUCUGAUGUUGCCUCUAGCAACACCCCCAGAUUGUUGUAGCCUCAAAACAGAAUGGGAAGUCUACAGGCUAUUCCAGCCAAAGGUGAAGCUUGUCCUGCCUGCCUCAAUGCUCUGUGUUCUCUUCUGGAAUAAUUUUGUGUUAAAAAGGGCCUGGCCUCCUCACUGUGGUCCCCUCCAUCUCCUCGCUCCUGAUAGGUGUGUUCCUCCACGAAUGGCAAACUUCUUGAGGGCAGGGAUCAUGUCUAUGAAUUCAACUGUACCCUCCCAUAUGUUCAGUCCAGUGCUCUGCACACUGUUGGCACUCAAUAAAUACCAGUGAUUGAU